CGCGAGGAGGCGGGCUAAGGCUGCAGCGUCACGAUACGACGGACCGGCAGGCGCACGGAGUGGCUGUGGCUGUGGUGGUGGUGGUGGUGGGAAUGUUGGGGGGAGGGACCUGGGGUACAGAGAGAGAGAACACGCGGACUUGGGGCUGUAGUCAGUUUGAGAGGCAGUUGGAGACCGUGCGGGCGGGCUGAGGCUGGCCACGGAGCGCGGUACUUUUCACACUGACAGCCACGCAGACGGCGACAAGGGGGGUGUGUGGGAGGAUCAGGAGGUGGAGGAGGAGGAGGGCAAGAGACCCUGGGCCUGCGCGCGAGAGGCGGGCGGGACUCAUCCGGCGGCUUGGUUCCUUCUGUCAUUCAGUAAACUUGCGGCUCACUCACUCACUCACUCGCUCUCCCACCCCACCCUUGUCCCUCCACCUUCGCACCCCUCCACCUCACAACACCCUCAGUAGUUACUCGCCUCUGGCCUGGCAGCCAGCCGGCCGGCCGCACGGUAGUUACCAGGCCAGCUGACGACCUGAUCGGCUGACUUCGCGCUGAUCGCCCACCAGUCGCGGAUCACGGGAAGGCAGCAUGGAAAAAAAAAGUGUUCAGAGCAGGCCGCACUUGACAUCUGGGGUGUGAUUUAAAAACAAGCAUCGAGAAGAUUGGAGAGAGGGAGAGCAGCAGCCUCCCGGUGGAUGUAGCGGGAGUGUUUGGUGCGGUGAUGACAGGAGAAUGAGGCCUCGACCGCUGCUCCCACCUGUUAAUACUCGCUGACUGACCUGCAGGUAAAAGGUGAGAGGAGAGAAGAGAUGGAUAGGUGUCACUUACGUGCAGUGUGGUCACAGCUGUGAGAGAGAGAGAAGGCUGUUGGAGGAUUGAGAGUUGAGAGUGGCUCAUCGUUCCCAUGGCAAGCAGACGACAACAACGCGUUAGUUACUACCGCCAGCACAGCAGCGGCAGCGACGACGGCAGCCCUCUGAUGGUCACCCCGCCUUCCUCGCCCUCCCAGGAGUGUAAAGGAGUGUCCCUUCUGGAGACUCCCACGCGGAAGAACAAGCGGAAGCUCAGCGAACCGCGGAAGAGAGGCGGCGCGGAUUUCAGUGUCAAGCGUUUGUGUCCGGACUCCCCCGACGGGGGGAGCGCCAUGUCCGAGAGCGCCUGCAGCGACGACGGCGGUGACAACAACGACAACAACAACCACUGCGGCAAGGACCGCCAUCGACGGCUGUCCCACGACCAGGAUGAGUCGUCGUCUCGCGGCGGGUUGAGCGAGCGGGAGGAUACACCUGUGUCGGGGUUAGCCUCCUUACCUGCCCCGGUCUUGCCGCACCCUUUUUUUCCCUCGGUCGCCGCUGCAGCAACCACCUGUUUCGUGCCCGGCUUCUACCUCACCAACGGGCGAGGGGGCUUUCCUCCGCCGGCUUUCGCUGGCCUACCUCUCGGCCUUCCACCUCCUCCUGCGGCGUUUUCUUCAGGCGGCGCCGUGGAGCCUCGGGGUGCUGGAGGAUCGCAUUCUCUGCUCAAAGCCCAGGAUCUGUCCUCCCGACCGGACUCCCCAGAUAACCUGUCCGGGGACAGUUCAGGGGGCGGCUGCAGUGGGGGUAACGGACGGAAGCCGCGGAAGAACUAUAAGAACAUGACGAGGGAGCGGCGGGUGGAGGCCAACGCCAGGGAGCGCACCCGGGUGCACACCAUCAGCGCGGCGUUCGACGCCCUACGGAGGGCCGUGCCCUCCUACUCCUACAACCAAAAGCUGUCCAAGCUGGCCAUCCUCCGCAUCGCCUGCACCUACAUCAUGGCGCUGGCCCGCCUGGCCGACGUCGACUGCAGCUCCGAGCCGUCCGUGCCCCUGACCUUUGCGGAUUGCGUUGACCUGUGCACGAGGACGAUACAGACAGAGGGCAGGGCCCGGCGUCGUCACUGACCCUUGACCUCUCAAGCACCGUUCUUCAAGAAUGGUCCCGACAUACCUCUGUUGACCUCGUGUAGGGUUCUUCUCAUCGUGAGGUAAGAAAAGGUAAUGACUGAGAAUACGUGUCAUCAUGCCUCGAGGUUAGAGGCGAGUGUGUUUUGUCACCAGUGAUUAUUUCAAUGCAACACUGUCUUUGUUACCUUUGCCGGUGCAACAACAACAACAAAAUUCUUCAGAUGAAAGCCCCAGGCGUCACUACCACCGGUUGUUUGUGUGCCCUCGAUAUGUUUCUGUGUCGAAUGGUGUGAAUAGGAUUCACGGCUGGGGAUGUUCGACAACGACGACGGCAACAGCAUGUUGCAACUGGACUCAGUCAUGCGUAUUCACACGGUGUUCGAUGUUGCGGCGCCUGACCUGUAUCUGUGUUUGUAUGAAACGUGCACUGUAUACCCCGUAGGUCAGAAAUCAUCAUCGUUAUCAUCAUCAUCAUCAUCAUCGCCUCUCCCUUUGUCUGCGUGACGUGCGGGCUUGUUUGGAACUUGCUGUCGGUCAUGUGGCUGCUGUGGUUUUCAAUCCGGAGCCCGUGAUGUCACAUGGUGUCACAAGCCUGGUGUUUUCAUGUUCUCCAUGAACUCCUACGACGAGAAUAAUUUUGUUAGCACCUCCUGUCGCAGAGCUAACGGGAGUAAAGGUCACGCAGGAGGGCACGGUACUACGACACCUAACGGAAAAGCAUCAGGAAUGUUUGUGUACGAACAAUUGAUGUGAUCAGGUUACGAACUCAAGAGGAAAAAAGUUUUUGUUGAAGACGCUGGCGAUGUGCAAGGGAAAGGCGACGAUGUGCGAACAAACGGGAGAAACAAAAAUUGGCCGAUCAUCUCUCCUCCUCCCUGUCUAAGUUUUAUUGUUGAGAUGUAAGUAUAUAUCCCUGACUGAUGUUGAAUUGUUUACACUGUUCUCGUGUGUGUUCAUGUUUGCGGAAUUUUGUAACUGCUGUCGAGAGGAUGGCCGUCUUCUGACACUUAACUCAAGACUGUGGUGUUGUGACAUCACGUGACGUUCAUCCUACCAGCUGCUGUAUAUUCUACACGACACGUGCUGCUGGACCACGUGGAGAGAGCUGCGCUCCAUGUGGUGCAUCUGGUGCUACUCGACUCUUUGUCUCACCCAGUGGUACAUUUUCAGUUCCGAUCAGUAUUCCCCGCAAGGACCGGCGUGUGGACAGCUGUGACGUGCGCAGCGAGCUGGACAGCUGUGACGUGCGCAGCGAGCUGGACAGCUGUUGGGUAUUAUUAACGUGGACAACUGUUUAGUUCUGGCUGGAUCAUUGUGCGCCAGUACCAACUGCUAAUUACCAGCCGACAAGUGAGAGAGAGAAAGGACAAAUUAAUGGUUGACAUUAAUAAUGUAAACUUCGUAUCUUCACUGUGAUAAACGACUGAAUCCUUUUUUUUUUAAUCCACCGAGAAUGUUAAUCGGUUUAAUCGAUGCUGCAACAGCGAACGUGUGGGGUGUGUAUGUGUCUUGGACUGUAUAUAUGGUACAGGUGUGCAAGGUACAGGUGUGCAUGGUAGGUGUACAACGGAAAAGGUCCCAGCGAGCGAGAGAGAGAGAGAGCGUGAAUCCAAAAUUUUGCUGAUCGAUGUUAAUAUUGAAUGUUGUGGAAGAUUUAUUGUGAUUACAACUGUAUUAAUAUUCGCGGAUGAGCUCCGGGUUCGUGACGAAUAUUUCACCAAGUGUACUGCACUUUGCUUAUCCAACGGAAGUGAAUGUCGAGGAGGUCAUGUGACUUUGAUGAAAGCGCUCAGCGAUGAUAAACGAACAGCAGGCAACGACUGGUCAGUUCUGUGGCACUGGACCAGACAUUCCCCUCUCCCCCCACAAACUCCACCCCCCGCCGAUCUGUCUUACCGCAAAUCACGAUCUCUUCAAUCGAGAAAAAAAAACAGGUGACGAUAAAUGUAUAUGUUUCUUGCUGAAUUUUUCUUUUUCAAAAAAUACCAGCGUCUCAUUCAAUAUAUUACAGCGAUAUGAGCUUAUAUUUCA